AUGACGGAGAUUCUAGCCCACCCUUUUUAUCCCCCAGACAUAAAUCCUAUUGGCUAUGUCGCCAACACAAUGAGUGUCCCCGAGCUCCUGGGAACUUUCUCCCUUGCAACGCUCAGCAUUAUUGGUCUUAUCUCUGCCAUCUUAAAAUGGCAAAAGCCGAUAUUGUCUCGUGAGGACAAGAUUCUAGUUGGAUGGUUUGUCUUCACUGGAUGCAUACACUUUCUUCUAGAAGGGUAUUUUGUAUAUAACCACAGGACAAUGCCUCGUAUGAUGGAUCUUGGUGGUCAGCUAUGGAAGGAAUAUGCCAAAGCUGAUUCGCGAUACAUGACGAUGGAGCCAUUCGUGCUUUGUAUGGAGUCGAUAACAGCGUUUGCAUGGGGUCCUCUUUCUUACCUAACAGCAUGGUCAAUUGUUGCCAAGUCCCCACAUCGCCAUCCGAUACAGAUUCUCGUUUCUAUGGGCCAGCUCUAUGGCGAUAUCCUGUAUUAUGCGACGAGCAUGACAGAGGAAUUGUAUCAUGGGAGGUGUUAUUCUCGCCCCGAAAGCUACUACUAUUGGGGAUACUUUAUCUUCCUGAAUGCCUUUUGGAUUUUUAUUCCUGCCUGUAAGAACAAUGAAGUCUCUGGUAUCCAAAAUCGCUAA